GCGGCAAGUGUCACUCAUCAAUCUAGGCAAAAACUUUCGAUUUUCGAAUUUGAGGCGAUAAAGUUCUCCGGCUCCAGUUCCGUUUCGCUGGGUGUCACCGGGGUGCCACUAGAGGUGCGGCAGAAUGCUGCCAAGGGGCUACAAUCGACCGACGAAGCGCAAGCUGAUCCCCCACCUGUUCAGCAACAUCCUGCAGGUGGUGGCCGCAGCCGAUCGCCCGCUGACCCAGCCCGAGAUCGUUGAGGCCGUGGCCGAGCGCCUGGAUCGCUGCGACGAGGAGCUGAAGCGCCAGAUCACAGUCGGCCUCAACGAUGCCCUUAUCUACGGCUAUCUGCGGAUCAAGAACCACCGCUACUCGGUCGUGCCCGAUCGCCUGGACCCCAGCGAGCGUCCUGCCACGACCAGCCCUGUGCCAGCGAAGACAUUCGGACCCGGCACCGGCACUCGCGCCCGCAGCGGCUGCAGCGCUCUGUCUCCGAUCGCCUGGAUACCAUCGAGCCUGCUCGUCGUCUGA